AUUAUUAGCUAUGGAUGAUGAAAUUAUGUUAUUUCUCUGUGCAAUGCAAGUAGCUAGCCUAGCAUUGUACACUGUAUGGAAAGCAGAAAGAUCUAAGCGCUGGAAGAACAGGCGAUGGUGGGUCCGUCCCAUCAAUACUCGACGUGAACAGUAUGGUGACUUCGCAAGUUUGUUUACAGAAUUGAAAGAAGAUGAAGAUAUGUUUUUCCGAUAUACGAGAAUGGAUGUCCCCACAUUUUACGAAUUAUUGCGACUCGUGAGUCCGUUCUUGCAGAAAAGAAGUAUCAGAGCCUCGAUAUGUCCAGAACAACGUCUUGCAAUAACUCUGAGAUAUUUGGCAACAGGAGAUCAGAUGCUAUCUGUGGCUUUAGCAUACAGAGUAGGAGAAUCUACCGCUCAUAUAAUUGUUAAAGAAACAUGCUCUAUUAUAGCGAAUGUUCUGAUACCAAUUUAUAUGAAACAUCCCACAGAAGAGGAAUGGAUAGAAAUCAGUAGAGAUUUUUUAGAAUUAUGGAAUUUGCCAAAUUGUGUUGGGGCAAUUGAUGGCAAGCACAUAACUAUCCAGGCACCUCCGAAUUCUGGUUCAAUGUAUUUUAAUUAUAAAAAGACUUAUAGUAUUGUGCUGAUGGCUGCUUGUAAUGCUCGAUAUAAGUUUACCUUAUUCGAUGUUGGUGCAUAUGGCAGUGAAAGUGAUGGCGGAAUUUUGUCCAGAUCAGACUUUGGACGCUCUCUAUAUGCAGGUACACUCAAUAUACCUGGAGUCAUUGCUCGUUUACCAGAAAGUGACAUAAAAUUACCUUAUUAUUUUGUUGGGGAUGAAGCAUUUCAAAUGUCUACACAUGUAAUGCGACCUUAUCCGGGAAGAUCUUUAAACGAGCAAAAAAGGAUUUUUAAUUAUCGACUAUCUCGGGCCAGAAGGACCAUUGAAAAUACUUUUGGAAUCUUUGCAGCUAGGUGGAGGAUAUUUCGAAGACCAAUAUGUGCUAGUGCCAAUGUUGCUGACCGAUUAGUGCUAGCAGCAAUGUGCUUGCAUAAUUUUUUAAAAACGAAAAAUGACGAGAAAGCCCCGCCGCAACAAAGAUAUUGUCAUUCCCAAUUUGCAGAUAGAGAAACAGAAGAAGGAGAUUUAAUAGAAGGAGAGUGGAGACAGUCAUUAAGUAAUCAUAUAAAACCCAUGGGAAAUAUAGGAGCACAUAGAGCUGCUAAAGAAGCAUAUGCAAUGCGUGACGAUCUCUCGUCAUAUUUUAUGACAGCAGCUGGUGAAGUUCCUUGGCA